GCACAUUGAGCACCGCCUAUGUACACUACAGAUUCUACUCUACUGCUGUGUUCUGAUUGUUCGUUCAAUACCCCGUAGCGUCGCGGACGACUUGUGUUAAAUGUCAACAUGAUGCAAGGCCCCUUAAAUAGGCCGAGGUUGAGCCAACCUAAGUUCGCCAUGGAUAGGAAGAAGAUGCUACUGUUGCAGAGCGUGGCGGUACUGUUGGUUAUCGUGGCGUUCAUGCUGCUGGUGUACGAGUAUCCCAUCGGCAGGAAGCAGCAGGUCGGGGAGCAGACCGAGGGCCAGGCACAGGCCCAGGCCCAGGGCACCGGGGUACAAAUGCAGAGCAUGCAACAGAUCAUAACCUGGAGAACAGCGCCGUCCUGCGAUCAUCCUAAGAACAACUUCGUCUUCAUAGAGGUGAAUCGCGCGGGCUCCACUACCAUACAGUGCAUGUUGAUGCGUUACGCCUACAACCACCACCUACAUGUUAUACUGCCCAGAAAUGGGUUGGAACUGAAAUGGAUCAAAGACUCGGGUGCCACCUUUGACGACCUACCCUGGGCAGAUGGCGGGUACAACGUCAUCGUCCACGGGAUGACGUAUAAGUGGAAGGUACAUGACGUCAUGCCCCCGGACACCUCCUACUUCAGCAUCCUGCGGAACCCAGAGAACCACUUCAAGUCCAUGUUCCAUUAUUACGACGUCGGGAAAGUGCUCGGCAUCACUGGCAAGAACCAGGCCAGCAAGAUACUCAAGAACCCCUCGGCUCUGACCGACAAGAAGGGCGGGAUCGGUGAGACACAGUUCGUCACGUCUGUCAGGAUGUCUGCGCAGGCGCGGGACCUCGGCUUCGGACCGGGAACAGACUUCGACCAGCCAAAAUCACUCGAAAAUUUCAGGAACAUCACCCGUGACUUCGGUAUGAUGGUGAUCCUGGAGCACCUGUCGGAGUCGCUGGUGCUGCUGCGGCGCGUCAUGUGCUGGGAGCUGCGGGAUAUACUGUACCUGGACAAGGCUGUUACCACUUACAGCUAUAAGGACAUACCUAUGGGAAGUCGUCAGCUUUCCAACCUAAAGAUGAUAAACAAAAUAGACUUCCAGCUGUACGACUUCUUCAACCAAACGCUGUGGAAAACCAUCAAGGGUCUCGGACCGGAGUUUCUUGAAGAGGUCAGCUACUACCGAGAGGUCAACAUCGAGGUCGCCGAGUACUGUCGGCAGAUUGAGACCGAGGAAACGAUCGCCAAACUGUCCAUACCGGCGGGGAAGUGGACGACUGGUUUCAUGGUACACCAGAGAACGUGCGAGGAACUGAAACUGCAGUUCGAGGACUGGAACACUAAGUUUAUAAUGAGACGGAACGCCGAAAUCAGGGGGGAAUCAGAGAAUGAUGUCACGGAUACAGAAGGAACAGAAGGCGACCUUCCACCCCCACCUAAAGUAGACAACCUUCCACGUCCAUCCAUACCAAAGGAAAAAGAAGAAAACCUUCCCCCUCCACCUAAAGUAGACACCCCUCCACCUCCACCUUUACAAGAAGAAAAAGUAGACAACCUUCCAUCUCCACCUCUUCCAGAAAUAAAAAAGAAAGGGAAAAAGACGGAUAAAAAGAGCCACAAUUCUGCAAAAGACAUACUAGAUGAAAUGAACGUACCUGAUGAAUUGCCAUCCGCGCCUAAGUAGUGACACUUUGUUAGAAUUUGCGCAUUCUG